AUGUUUCAGAAGGUGAAGCCUUAUGCAGCCAUGGUGUUUCAGCAGUUCAGCUUUGCUGUUAUGUCAAUUAUUUUUUUGGCAAUUGUGAAGGAUGGCAUGAGCCAAUCUGUGUUGUUUGUAUACCGUAAUGCUGUUGCUGCCAUCUUUAUUGCUCCAUUUGCGCUCUAUUUUGAGAGGGUUGAGAAGCUGAACAUACAUCAGGUAACUGGCAAAGCUAAGGUCAUUGGAGCUCUAUUGACCUUAACUGGUACACUUCUCUUGGUUUUAUACGAAGGACCAGUUGAAGAGUUUCCAUGGUCCAAAGGACCAGAACGUUAUAACACUACAGAGAACUCUAAUGGCAAUGGCAGCUUGAGGAGGAUUAAGGGAACAUUAAUGAUAUUAGCAAGCAGCACCAGUUGGAGUAUCUUCUUAAUCCUGCAGGGCGUGGUAUGUACAGGGAUCACUAAUUAUUUGCUGGAGAUGGUUUUGAAGGACAAGGGACCGGUUUUUGCUGGAGCUUUCAGUCCUUUCUGUAUGAUUAUUACUGCUAUCAUGGGCUCCUUCAUUCUUGCAGAGAAAAUACACCUUGGAACGAUUCUUGGGGCAAUUGUUAUAGUAACUGGCCUCUAUUCCCUUCUUUGGGGCAAGCGCAAGGAUCAAACAAUUCAAUCAGGAGAUGAUCAAAGCAAGGAUUAUUUCAUGAAAUCAGAGUUAUCUGUAGUUGAAUCUGGUCUUGUAGAACAACAUUCUAUCACCAUUGAUCAUGGCACAAAAGAAGAAAAGCCAUCCACAUUGCCUUGA